CCGGACCCCCAGGGGACCAGCGAAAGGGGGCACACGCCACCCUCGCCCCCUUGCCCUCCAGUGGGUAGCAUUUUCACAGUCUGAGAACUGGAACUGUUCAGCUUUCGAGUGCAGCGUCUAUAAGCAGUGGACUGGCCGCGUGGAUUCCAGAGCAGAAUGGGAGCUGAGGAGAUAUUUGCAGGAUGAAGUUGAUUCUAAGUACCGACCUAUGGAAUAUGCAACCUAAGAUGAGGGGCCCGCUGGAAUUUGUGGUCCGGUGUUCAGUGCGGUUUGACCCGGUAUGGCGUUCUGCCGCCAGGCGGCGCUGCUCUGACGCCCCAGACAGCCACCUGCUGGAGCCAGACCUUCCACCAGGAGGCGGAGGUCUCCAGGGCCGCCCUUCCUGGCCCAGGCGCUUCCACCCUGCCGGGCUAAGUCUUCAGGAGGAGCCUGGCCCCAAGGCUCUCCUCAGCGACUGAUGAUGUCGAACUCUGCACUUCUGUGAUUGGUGUAGCCGAAGCGAGACAGGCAACUAUUGGAGAUGCUCUGUGGAAACGUGAUGUGAGUCUGGAAGGGAGCCGGGUGCCCGGGACUCCGUAGUAGCUCCCAUUUACCCAGGGUGUGAAGGUAUGGACCACGAGCAGAAGUCAGGAGCCGGGCUGCUGCAGAUGCUGCAGCUUCUGUGGCUGCUGCCCCACUCCUGGGCGGUGCCCGCAGCCCCUCCUCCGGUGUUGUGGGAUGGCCUGCAAAACCACACGUUCCGGCACACCGUUUUCUGCCAGGAUGGGAACCCCAGCAUGGGGCUCUCUGAGUCCUAUGACGAGGACCAGCUCUUCUCCUACGACUUCUCCCAGAACACCCGAGUGCCCCGGCUGCCCAACUUUGCAGCCUGGGCUCAGGACCAGGGAGAUGCCUCUGCCAUUUCAUUUGAUAAAGACUUCUGCCAGGUCUUGGUCCAGCAAGUGGGCCCCCAGCUUGAAGGAGUGAUCCCAGUGUCCAGAGGUUUGCCUGUGCCUGAGGUGUACACACUGAAGCCACUGGAGUUCGGCAAGCCCAACACGCUGGUCUGCUUCAUCAGCAACCUCUUUCCGCCGACCUUGACUGUGACCUGGAAACACCACUUGGUCCCUGUGGAGGGGGCCAGCCCCACGUACAUCUCAGCCAUCGACGGGCUCACCUUCCAGGCUUUCUCUUAUUUAAACUUCACACCAGAGCCCUUUGACCUUUACUCCUGCCUCGUGACACACGAGAUUGAUAGCUACACACCAAUUGCCCACUGGGUACCCCAGAACCCCCUGCCUUCAGAGCUCCUAGAGAAUGUGCUGUGUGGUGUGGCCUUCGGCCUGGGUGUGCUGGGCAUUGUCAUGGGCAUCGCCUUCUUCAUCUGGUCCCAGAAGCCUUGCUCAGUCGACUGAUUUCUUCCUGACCAGCACUUGGAACAGCACAGGCCUUGCCGGCAGGGAUGCCCAGGGUUCUCGUGCCUAAGCAGGGCCUCUCAUGGGAGCAGAAGUCCCUGGGAUUCCUCAGGGUGUGUGCCAGUGUGCAGGUGUCUCGGCUGAGGGUUCUGUUGACCCUGGACUUGCAUCCAGAAGAGACGGAGCCAGGAGCCCAGGGCACCACCCACCACCACCUCAUACCUUCCCACUUUGAAGAAAUAAACCUUAUUUCUUAUCGUUAGCUUGACCUCUCCCUCCCAUACUAGGAAAGCAUUCUACCGCCAAGCCGCACGCCAGCCCACUGAACUCGGUUAACUUGUGGGAUUUGCUUCUGGACCCCUGACUUGGGUGGCUUGUCAUUCAGGUUCAUCCCUGGACACAGCCCAUCAGGGAGGGAAGUGGGAAAGUCCCUCUCCCAGCUGUCCCAGCUUCUGUCCCCCGAUCUCAGCAUAGCUGAUGAUGGCUUUAUCCCACCAACUUAUGUAAACACAUGAGACAGGGAGGUAGAGAGAAUCUUCAAUAACCAAUAAAGAGG